GCCCUCUCCCGGGAGGAGCGCGGAGAGGCUUGGAUUAGAGCAGGUGAGACCGCGGCUUCCUCUCCGAGCGGCGAGUGGGGCUCCGAGUUUCGAAUCAGUGGCGGCGAAUGCCCUGCCCGCCCGGCGGCGGGGCUGCAGGAAGGAUGCGAAGCGUGAGCGCAGCGUGGCUGCUGGGGGGCGCCAUCCUGCUGGCGGCCUCUGUGUCUUGCAGUCGCACCAUCCAAGGAACCAAUAGAACCUCUAAAGGAAGAAGUCUCAUUGGUAAGGUUGAUAGCUCAUCUCAUAUCACUGGGAAAGGAGUUACCGUGAAGCCAGGCUUUUCUGUGGAUGAGUUUUCUGCCUCCGUUCUCACUGGAAAACUGACUACCGUCUUUCUCCCAAUUGUCUACACGAUUGUAUUUGUGAUUGGUUUGCCAAGUAAUGGCAUGGCUCUGUGGGUCUUUCUUUUCCGAACAAAGAAGAAGCACCCUGCUGUGAUUUACAUGGCCAGUCUAGCCUUGGCAGACCUCCUCUCUGUGAUCUGGUUCCCUUUGAAGAUUGCUUAUCACAUACAUGGCAACAACUGGAUUUAUGGGGAAGCUCUUUGCAAAGUACUUAUUGGCUUUUUCUAUGGCAACAUGUACUGUUCCAUUCUCUUCAUGACCUGCCUCAGUGUGCAGAGGUACUGGGUCAUCGUGAAUCCCUUGGUGCACCCCAGGAAGAAGGCAAACAUUGCCUUUGGGGUCUCGCUGGGGAUAUGGGUGCUGAUUCUGCUGGUUACCAUCCCCUUGUAUGUCGUGAAGCAGACUGUGUACAUUCCAGCUCUUAACAUCACAACGUGCCAUGAUGUUUUGCCUGAGGAGGUGUUGGUAGGGGACAUGUUCAAUUAUUUCCUCUCCCUGGCCAUUGGAGUCUUUCUGUUCCCAGCCUUGCUCACGGCCUCUGCCUAUGUGCUAAUGAUCAGAACACUCCAAUCUUCUACUAUGGAUGAAAACUCGGAAAAGAAGAGGCAGAGAGCCAUCAAACUCAUUGUCACUGUCCUGGCCAUGUACCUGAUCUGCUUCACUCCUAGUAACCUUCUGCUUGUGGUGCAUUAUUUCCUGAUUAAAACCAGGAGCCAGAGCCACGUCUACGCCCUGUACAUUGUAGCCCUCUGCCUCUCUACCCUCAACAGCUGCAUCGACCCCUUCGUCUAUUACUUUGUUUCACAAGACUUCAGGGAUCACGCGAAGAAUGCUCUCCUUUGUCGAAGUGUACGGACCGUACGAAGUGUACGGACCGUACGGCAGAUGCAAAUAUCCUUCGCCUCAAAGAAGUCCUCCAGGAAAUCCAGCUCUUAUUCUUCCAGUUCAACCAGUGUUAAAACCUCUUACUGAGUUUUUCAGGCCCUCCGUUGGUUGUUUUACAGGAGGAUUUGGAGCCUGCUUAACGUUGUGGGUAUGUUUCUGUUGUCCCCUGACCAAGUGGGUCUCACCACAUGCCAUGUAUAUGUAGCACCUCUCAGGAUUGCUGGAAGCUUCCCUGUUUGCAUGAGGAAAGUCCCCCAAGUUAAGAGAUGUCAGUUGUAGAAUUCCGCUACUCAGGUGCUCCCGGAAAUGGAACUAACAGAAGCAAACUUUUCAGAAGGCGGUAAAAAAUCAGAAGCUCAGUGACUUGUACAAGCUCUUGGCUGGAACUUACAGCCAUGUUAGAGCUUUAGUGUCCUCAGAGAUGAUCAGACCAAUGGACUGACUGUACAGAUGAGGAAAGUAACGAGGUGAAGAAGCUACGCAGAGUCAGAGUCGCUUCCAUUCCAACCAGGGGCAGCUGGUUAGCAUUGGACCGUAGACUUAGAAUGUUAGUGGGGUUCUCCUAUCACCUCCUUGUGGAACUUGUUUAAAAAUGCAGGUUUGAGAGACUCAGGAAUGAGAGAACUCAGGGUCUGAGUCAGGAAACUGCAUUUUAACAAGCCUCUGCUGCAGAUGCUCAUGCACACCCAGGUUUGAGAACCACUGGUCUGGGUGCCAAGGGAGAAGCAAACUGCUUUGUGUCCCUUUCAUGUAAGCUUGUAAUGAGAUCUGUUUGUUGUCUCAUUAGGACUCUCAGUGAUUUAUCAGCCCUUUGAGCUUUUGUAUAUAUCCUUAUCGCUACAAGGAAAAUACAUUGAAGAUUUUAAAUGUGGAAACACAAAGUUCAUGUAACUGUAUACUGACUCAGAAUCUUAGGUAGUCUGAGUUAUAGAUGGUUUCAAAGUAAGAGGGGCAUUUACCACUUAGUAUUUUUCAAAAAUUAUAGUUGGAUUAUUUAUUGGCAGUUUUUUCCACUUGCUACAAAUAUGAAAUUGUAAUGCCUUUGCUGGAUUUGAACACAUCUGUUUGGAAAAGAAUGCUUAAGAGAUGUGAUAUAUAAGAUAUUUAGAGGGUACUUAUU